AUGACUAUGGCAUCUAUUGCAUUCCCGCAACACGCUAAGAUUUUGCUUCUGUCGACACGCCGCACGUAUAAUUACGCCUAUAUACUCGCAGCGGACUCAACCAAGUCGACAAUAUUGUUUCUUCAUGGAUUCCCAUCGUCAUGCUUCGAUUGGCGCCAUCAGAUAAGUUUCUUCGCAUCGCAUGGCUACGGCGUUCUCGCACCAGAUCUCCUUGGCUAUGGUGGCACCAGUAAACCAGCGUCUGGGGAGGAAUAUAAAGCCAAGAAAAUGGCUGCAGAGAUUGCAGAGAUUCUGGAUCAUGAAAAUCUGAAGCAGGUACAUGCCGUAUCUCAUGAUACUGGCAGUCUUCUCCUCUCGCGACUAGUCAACUACUUCCCCGACAGGCUGCUAUCAUGCACAUUCCUGGCAGUGCCAUAUUCCAAACCCGGAGAGCAUUUCGAUCUCGAUGCUGUUAAUGCAAUGGCCAAGCAGCUUCUGGGGAAAGAGCGUUUCGGAUACCUUAAAUUCUUCAUCAGUGAUAAUGCGGGAGAGGUUCUGGAUCAGCAUAGUGACUCGUUCUUUACACUUUUCUAUCCCGCGGACCCAUCCCUCUGGAACGACCAUGUCGGGCCUACUGGAUCAAUGGAAUCAUGGCUUCUAGCCGACCAUCAAGAAGAAAUGGCACCGUUCAUCACGGACCAAGAACGACUCAUUCACCAGAAGAUAAUGCGGGGCCAUCAUGGUCCAGCACUCAACUGGUACCAAGCUCUGGUGCAUAAUCUGAAUGAGCAGGAUGAACUGGAAUCUGGACUAUCUAUCAAGAUACCAUGUCCAGUUCUCAUGGUCUUUCCAGCGCAAAUGGCGGCGCAAUUAUCGGCUGCUGGAGCCCAGUCAAAUGAGAUUGCGGAUGACCUGACAUUGAAAGGUGUGAGCACGGCUGGGCACUGGCUGCAGCUGGAAGCAAGAGAUGAGGUGAAUUCGGCGCUGAAGGAAUUUUUCCAAGGACAUGAUUACGGGGUUCAAUUCUAA